GUGCUUCAAAACCCAAACACUGUGCACAGCUGCUAGCAAAAGAAGCGCAGGGGAAGAAAGGGGACACAGGCCAAGGGGUGGUGAAAUUGUUUUUGUUACUAUUUACUUUAGGUAGUUUCGUAACAUAGCUAUCGGUUCAGGUGUCAAUUUUGUAUUCGUAGUGGCUGAGUUGAUCCGGAUUUGGCUUGGGACUUUCAUGACCAACUGACAUAAAGCUAGCUUUGGAGUACGGAUAGUUAGCUUAGCCUAGCCGCUGCUGAAUCGGCUGUGUACAACAGGGCGUGAUUUAAGUAAAGAGAACAGGUUGGUUUGAUGCACGUGCCAUCAAAGCCGGAGGCACCAUGAGUGCGGAGGUGGAUGCACUGACUGUGGUAAACCAGCUGAGAGAUCUCGCCGCGGACCCCCUGAAUCGAAGAGCCAUAGUUGAGGACCAGGGUUGCCUGCCGGGGCUCAUCCUUUUUUUCGACCAUCCUAACCCACAGGUUGUCUACUCUGCACUGUUGGCUGUGCGCUACCUGGCAGAAUGUCGGGCCAACAGGGAGAAGCUGAAGGGCGAGCUGGGCAUGAUGCUGAGCUUGCAGAAUGUCAUGCAGAAGAGCACAUCCCCCGGGGAGACCAAACUGCUGGCGUCUGAGAUAUACGAGAUUCUGCAGUCAGCUGGUAAAGAAGAGGCUGAGCAGGCCGAGGCAGCCGCUGCGUCCUGCCGCCGUAAAGCCCACUUCUUCCUCGGCUCCAACAACAAGAGGGCCAAAACUGUAGUUUUGCACAUCGACGGACUGGAUGACUCUACUCGAAGGAGCCUGUGUGAGGAGGCUUUGCUAAAGAUACGAGGAGUCAUCAGUUUCACCUUCCAGAUGGCCGUGAAGCGAUGCGUUGUCCGUAUCCGUUCUGACCUUAAAGCUGAGGCAUUGGGAACAGCAAUUAACUCCACCAAAGUAAUGAAGGCUCAGCAGGUGGUGAAGACAGAGGACGGCGGAGAGCUGAUGUUACCAUUCCAGGAGGACGCGUCGGUGCUGGUGGAGGAGAACACAGACAUCCCAGACUACCUACCUGAGGACGAGAGUCCAUCGCAGGAGCAGGACAAGGCCGUCACCCGGGUGGGGUCGGUCACAGACGGCCUGGGCUGGCUCAGCACGGCCGCCAACUUCCUGACACGUUCGUUCUACUGGUGACAGCUUCCCGCGUCUCACUCAGCAUAGUGUCGGUUUUCACCCUGCGUCACUAGUUUUAGGUUCCCCUCUCAACAGCACAUGUGCUGGACUGCCAGUUGGAACAUGCAAUAACUUUAACAUGUGCAAAUAUUAGGCUACAAAUCCCACAACAAGGCUGUUUGUUCACAACUAUAAACUAACUACAGAUAUCUAGAGGACAUAGCCAAAGGACUCUAUAUCCAGCAGAACCAAAUAGCUUCCUGGAAAUGAGUAAUGCUAUGUUGAACUAGUAGAUAAAUGGGAGGUUCUGUUUCAUUUCUUUCUGUGCAUGAGUUCAGCUCUUCAUUUCCUUCCAUCUAUUCCAAUAUUUUCUCAUUAGAUUCUUUAUCCUUUAAAUUUGUUACAUUUUCAGUCACGUUUUGUUUGUUCUUUUCAGCAUGCUACGUGCCAAUCUCGCCCGUUGCCUACGUCCACAAAUAAUUUGUGCGGUUUUUGAGAGUUAGUUGUAAUUAUUUAUUGAUACUUUACUCAAAUGAUUUGAGAGCUCUGAGCAAACGCUGUUAGUUCACAGAAAAAAGUAGACACCAGCAGAAACCGCUACUCAUUCAGCCGCCGGCUCCCGUGCGUUGGACUGAAUUGUGAUUUUUAAAUCACAGCUUAUGAGUGUUUUGGCUGAUUAGUGCAGGGCAUCCAGAUACAUCCAAAUGUCAUCUGUGAGUUAAUUUAAUGAAGUAAUUCAGUUUAAAAAGUGAAGCUUCGUUUCACAUGGCUCUAUUUCAAAAGUUUAUUUCUGUUGGCUUUGAUGACUCUGGCUUACAAGUAAUGAAAACACAAAAUUCAGUUCUGUGGAAAAAUAUAAUAUUACAAUAGACUAAUUUUAAAAAAUGCUUUUAAAACGGAAAUGUCAGCCUCUCAGUUUGGUCAUGGCUCGUUCUUGUGUGAAUUACAGCAUGAAAGUUCUGCUUUAAAAUUAAAUUAACGUUACACAACGUAGCAGUGGAAGCAUGAACUGCUGUAAUAUUUCUGGUAGAUGUCUGUGCUGACUUUGGACUUCAUGAAACACAGAGGACCAACACCAGCACAUGACUUCACUGACAGUCAGUCGUAGCUCAAGUCCUGGAUACGUCUCUGUGUAAAGUUCUGACUCCACUUCAGUUCAGACCUUGUAAAUAUUCAAAUCUAAGAAAUGGGCUUUAUUUUACAAUACCCUCCAGACUGUGGUUAUCCCUGCAACGUCUUCCUUCCUCUCAACUUUCCAUUAACAUGCUCUCUGUAGAAGAAGGGUUAGAAACUUUGUGCUUUACAGGAUUUUUUUUCACAAAAAUCAACAUCCCACAGAAGAAAUAAAUGUAUAUAUCUAUAUCUAUAUAUGUCAAUAUAUAGAUAUAGAUAUAUAGAUAUAUAUAUACAGUACAGACCAAAAGUUUGGACACACUUUCUCAUUGAAUUCAAUGAGAAGGUGUGUCCAAACUUUUGGUCUGUACUGUAUAUCUAUAGCUGUAGUCAUCAAAAUGAGGUGUGACGAAUCCAGACACUAUACAAUGUAUUUCACUUUUUAAAUUGAAUUAUUGAAAUAAUUAAACUUUUGGAUGAUUUUUCAAGUAUUUAGAUGGCGCUUAUUACACCCUUUUAAUGUGUUUGAUUGCUUUAGAAAAUUUAAAUCCAUCCAAGGUAACCUUAUGCAGGUAACCUCUCUAAGGUGAGCUCCUCUGUUACGGUCCUUCAUUGAUGAUGCUACCUCUGCUCUCAGCCUCGCCCUUCACAUCAACCUGGGCUGUGAUCUGUCAGUAACACCACAGCUCUGCAUGAUGGAGCCGCCUGCUUGGUAAAUAUUUCCCCGUGUUUCCUAGAAUUCCUCGGCCAUUUUUUCGCAGUAUUGUCAUGACAGCUUAGCCAGCCAGCAGUGUCCUUAAAGCAGCGAUCAUGUUGGAGCAAACUCUCACAUUCGAAGGACUCACACAAACGCUGUGGAGGAGAUGUAUAUUUUAUAAAUGGUGCCUCAUUCCCUGACGUGAAGGAACUUUUUUUUUUUUUUUUGGUAUUUUACUUUUACUUUGAAUAAUUCUGGCUUUUUUUAUAGGUCACAAAUUACAACAAGAGCUCAUAGCAGCUGGUGUUUCUUUUUAAUCUCCUGAAUUUCACCUCAGGUUUAAUUAUUCUGACUUGAGUCAUUAACAGUUAUUACAUCCAGUGCUGACCGGGCCACUUUCCGUCUUUCAUGGUACGGAGACGUCACGUUUGGUUGGGUUCAAACUGAGAAAACGGCAGAGAAAAGCAAAACUGGUGGUGGCCAUGUUUUGAAAAGCAAUAAUUUUUUUUCUGUUUAAUGUCAUCAUAGGUCAACAACACCUUGCAGACUAACGUCAGCGGGACGUGCAUAUGUCAGCAGUAUUACUCUCUUCUUUAUUUGCCCACGUUGCAGUUAAUCUUUGUUGCAUGUUUGUUUUUAGUAUUUCAGCUCAUUUUGCAAAGAAAAUACUUGAAACCUGUUCAGAUUUCGUUUUUUUUGUUUGUUUGUUUGUCAUUUGCCUCGGCGGUAAUAUCGAGAAAGAGCCUCUGACAAAAUCCUCGAAAAUGUAACCUCUUGUGUACAAACUUGGCAGAUGUAAUAUAACCUGUGCAGAUUUUAAAAGCUGUAGAUUCCUGUACACUGUUAAUGCGAACGAUGAUAAACAUUGAAAUAAGAGAAACGGUGCCGGCUUUUAA